CUUCCAACAUCCCAUACACCUGCGAAGUCAGCGAUGCCCAACCACUGAUUGACUUGAACCUCUCCGCAUCGUACUACACCUCAGUCCUCAUUCCUGAAUGGCCGGCGACUCUUGAUGCGAAAGACAAUACCAUUACAUUCGUGCCUAAUGGUGGUGGUCCGUCUUCAGGACGUUGGGAAUUGGCCAUAACACGUAUUUCGGUCGGUGGAAACUCUUACGUUCCUCUGUCGACCAAUAAGAGCAUGGAAUUCAUGAUGAUUACUGCAACCCAUGCGAAUUUUGCUACACUCCAUCCGUAUUACGGUAUGGUCGUCUCGUGGACACCCAAUCUCCCGAGUGGCACCGUGGCUUCCGACUACAUGCUGGUCCGCUCUUUCAAUGACUGCCAGUACACCACUACAACCUGCACUGAGACUGUUGGGUGCUACAGAAUGCUGCCACCCGCGCAUCUUCCCCCUCCAGGAGAAUAUUGGCUCUGUCUGACGUCAAAUGACUGGAACUCCCAAUACCUUCCGUGGGGUGUGGAAUCUCUUGAGGUGAAGAUGUUGUUGGCCACGCCGCUGUACUUGACAGCUGGUAAAGACAGAAAUGUCGUGCUGCAGGAUGCGGAAUCUGUGGUGACGAAGCUGAACCGUGUGUUCCUGGCGCCAUGCCCUGGCAACGACUGCCCCCUUGUGACUACUGACAGUGGGGAAGAUGUGGUGCACCGUGAUGCGUGUGUGAACACCUCCAGCUCGUCGCGUGCGUACCUGUCUGACGACCGUGUGCUAUUGACAGAAGCUGGUGUGUACGCUGUGUGUGUCGAUGAUGGUGAUGGAGAGUACACUGCUCCCGCUGCGCUGCCGGUGACGGUGCUGGAGAAACCCUUUGCCUUCAAGAUAAAUGCUGACAGAGCCAGGAACACUGUUACGAUUGGUGUCAGUGGCGGUGACCUCGAGUGGCGCAGAGAGCCGUACAC